AAGGGACGGGAAUUAGAGGGUGAACGGAGAGCUCAGCGGGGCGCACAGGACACCCUUCGCGGGUCAGAAUACACUCGUGUCGGCGGAGUCCGUGGGCAUCCCGGGACGCUUUCACGCACCGGGGCGACUACGGGCGCCCAGACAUUCCGGGCGCAGCCCGGCCCGGGCCAGCCCCUGGCAGUGCCACCCGCGCCACGCGAUCUCCGAGUGGCGAUCUCUGAGCUCGACUGUGCUGGGCGGCGGGCCAGGAGGGGAGGGUCCGGCCUUGCCCGGCGGGCGUCCAUUGGCGGCUGCUCCCGGCGUCCGCGGUGCAGCCGGCUGCAAAGCCCGCAGGUGCCCCGCGCGCGCGCGCCAUACCCGAGUGGGUAGGGGGCGCCGCACUCGCCAUGCUGCGCGCGCCGCGGACCCUGGCUCCGGCCACGGCGCAACCCACAAAGAGCUUGCCGACGUUGAACCCCACCGAGCUGUGGCCUUCGGGUCUGAGCAGUCCCCAGCUCUGCCCGGCCACCACCGCCACUACCUACUACACUUCGCUUUACACGCAGACGGUGCCUUCCUCUGCGGCGCUGGGCACCUGCCUCGACGCCACUCCCCACGGACCCGAGGGCCAAAUUGUGCGAUGUGUACCCGCAGGCCGCCUGCCGGCCAAAAGGAAGCUAGACCUGGAGGGCCUUGGGAGGCCUACGGUCCCAGAAUUCCGGACUCCCAAGGGGAAGUGCAUCCGAGUGGAUGGUUUGCCAAGCCCGAAAACCCCUAAGUCUCCUGGGGAGAAGACACGCUAUGACACGUCGCUGGGGCUGCUGACCAAGAAGUUCAUUUACCUCCUGAGCGAGUCGGAGGAUGGAGUCCUGGACCUGAACUGGGCAGCUGAGGUGCUGGAUGUGCAGAAGCGGCGCAUAUAUGACAUCACCAACGUGCUGGAGGGCAUCCAGCUCAUCCGCAAGAAGUCCAAAAACAACAUCCAGUGGGUAGGCAGGGGAAUAUUUGAAGACCCCACCCGACCGGCCAAGGAGCAGCAGCUGGGGCAGGAACUGAAGGAGCUAAUGAAUGCGGAGCAGACCUUGGACCAGCUCAUUCAGAGCUGCACGCUGAGCUUCAAGCACCUGACAGAAGAUAAUGCCAACAAGAAACUGGCCUAUGUGACCUACCAGGAUAUCCGUGCUGUGGGCAACUUCAAGGAGCAGACAGUGAUUGCGGUCAAGGCCCCGCCACAGACAAGAUUGGAAGUGCCGGACAGGGCGGAGGAGAACCUGCAGAUUUACCUAAAGAGUACCCAAGGCCCCAUUGAAGUCUACCUGUGCCCGGAGGAGGGGCAGGAGGCAGACAGUCCUACCAAGGAGGCCCUACCCUCCACCUCUACCCUCAGCCCUGUCCCUGACUGCGCUCAGCCCGGCUGCAGCACCGACUCUGGGCUGGCAGAGACCAUAGAGUCUUCAGUACUGAUGCCACAGCCGGUACCGCCACCGCUGCCGCCGCCGCCGCCAGCACCAUCCCUUGUCCCCUUGGAAGCCACUGACAACAUGCUGGAGCUGUCACACCCACUUCUGCAACAGACUGAGGACCAGUUCCUGUCCCCAAUCCUGACAGCCAGCUCCCCUCUGAUCAGCUUCUCCCCGCCCUUGGACCAGGAGGAGUACCUGUGGGGCAUGGAUGAGGGGGAGGGCAUCAGUGACCUCUUCGACUCCUAUGACCUUGGGGACCUGCUGAUUAAUUGAAGCGUCCUGCAUCUGUCUCUACCUCCUCACAGACAGAUUGACAGGCUCUCUGCCCAGAUUUGGGGGGGGGGAGUGGGGACACUAGACACCAGGUGUCACCCUCCGUGUGCCAGCGGCUCCAUUCCAGCCUUCCUUCGGGUGGAGGCCACCUAGGGAGAUGUGGAGGAUGUGGCUGAGGAGUGUAUCGGGCUAAGCCCUGCUCUUCCUCUUCUGACCUCUGACCCCCUCAUGAAGGACUACAGUUGCAGGUGGCCACGUUCAGGGAAAGGGUCCACUGCCUCCUUCUGAGGGGCAGUAGGGCCCUGGCUUUUUCAAGAAGCACUUAACGCCUUUGUAUUUAUUUCAAGUUGAGUUGUAUGUGUUUGUCCACCCUGAGUUUUAGCAGGGAGGUUUGUUCUAGUUUUUCCUCAGACAGGCCCACCCAUGCCCGUUGCCUAAGGGCACAUCUGGGCUUCCAGGGGUCUGGGCCACACCUCCUUGCCCCCGCCCCUCGCCCCUAUAGUGGUGCCUGGGUCUUGAGGAGACUAUCCAGUUUGCUUGAAUAUUGAUUACACUUAGGCUUUGUAAUUUUAGAAGGUGCCAGGCCCAGCCCAGGCAUUGGCUUGGGGUCCUCCAUCUCCUCCACUCUAGAGAAGGUUCCAGUAGCUAUCCUGCGGGAGGUAGGCAAGAGAGCCCGCUUCCUGUCGAAUCUCUCAUCUUCCUUGAGCCUUAGAAUAUAAAUGUGGGCCUUCAGGAACUAGCUCAGAAGAGCUCCUGGGAAAAGCAGGAGGCAGGUGUCAUGGCUCCCUGAUGCCCUUCCUCAGAGCUUCUGUCCGGGUCAGAGACCUGGAAGGUGGAGGCAGAGAGAAGUUUGAGAAGAAACAAGAAACAUCCCGGGGGGGGCUACCCACGCUCCCCUGGGAGGAUUAUUUUGUUUCUUGGUCGCGGUUGUUGGAGGGGGAGAUUCCUUAAACACCCACUGUCCCAAGCCCUCACUUCAGUUCCAGGGUCAGAUGUGACUGGAGCUUGGGGACAGGUUUGUACCUUUCCCCACUGAAGUGCUGAGGGGAUGACAGGGCAGGGGCGGGGUACUCGUCCCUGCAGACUAGGCCUCAGCAGCUCUGAGGAGAUAGAGGUGCCCGCCACCUCUCCUGGAGUGGGGAUCUCGGAAGAGCUCUGGGUCUCACUUGUUUUUCCCAUAGACUGACCAUCCAGGGUCCCUGUGGUUAGAUGGGGACAGGAGUUUUUCUCCCUUGCCUUUCUGGGGAUGGAGAAGGGCUAAACCAAGGCCAUGUUGUCUGGAGAGGUGCACCCAGGGGUGAAGGGGUCUGAGAGGCCUUCCACCUACCCUCAGAGAGCCUGGGUUCCUCAGGGGCUCAGUGGGGCAGCACUUUUUGUUAUUGUCGUUGUAAGUUUGUAGCAUUAAAAUUGAUGUAAAAGAUGAAGUUGACUAUGCCAGGUAGCUUCUAGGCGGCCGACUGGCAUUUUGAAGUUCGGAUGUUGAGCUAACAUGAACUGGUGCCCAUUUGGGUUAACUUGUCUUUAUCCUUGACUCAGCUUCCUGGGCCCACAAAGUUAGUCCCUGUCUGAGGAGUGGUCAGGGAUUCACACAACUCCCCUACUUGAAAUGUGUAUCCCUUUACACCAAGUGUCCACAACCUUUUGACAUAUGUGACCUUUUCGUCUCUAAAGUUCACCCUCAAGAACUGCAUAGAUAAGCUACCAAAAAAAAAAGAAUCUCAUGGUGUUUUAAGUAUGUUUACAAUUUUGUGUUGGGCUGUGUUUGUAGGUGUCUGUGGCACAUGCUACAGAGAUGUCCUUGGUCUCUACCAAACACGGGGGCUUCUCAGGCCACCAGGAAGCCCAGCGUGCCCUAGACACGAAGGGACCCUUGAGUGAUGAGGAUGCUACCUGGGGUCUGGUUUGAUGCAAGUGAAGCGGGAGACAGCGUUGUUGUUCUCUGGUCUUUACCAUUUAACCGUGUGCCAACUCCGAGACCAGAGAUGCCUGACCUGUUAGGUUAGGGUUAGGGGGAAGAGGGCUGUACUUCCUGCCUGGAAGAGGUUCAGAAUGCAGUCCAGAUUCGAGUUCAGUCACCAAAGGCCCAGCACAGGGAUGGAUGGAGAGGCCUUCCUAGAAGCUGCCUUUUGAUCUCUGAACUGUCUCUUUUCCACUAUGGCCUGGUCAAGGGGCUGGGCCUCGGGGGAGAAGCCCAAGGCUAGCAUGGGAAAUCAGCUCAUGCCUCUUUCUUGCCAAUGAUACUUGAGACCUCGAAGUUCCUUAGAGUGCUUUAAAAGAAUGGGGUGUACCCCCAUUUGGAACACUGUUUUGAGUGGUGUGUCUUUUAGGCCCUAUGGGAACUUUCAUGCUAGGGUGGGAAAAAUACCAGUUUCUUUCUGAGGGGAGGACUUUCUUCAGGGAGAUUUCCCAGCCCUGCCAGUGUCCCCAGGGGCUUGAUGUCCCUGGGGACCCCAGAGCACUUAGCAGAAUUAAACUGUAAAUAGGCUUUGGAAAUGCACCGUGUGAGAUGUCAGGAUGAGUGGCAUGGUGGCAUGGCCAGCUAGUGUGGCUGCAAGGAGUGUGGGAGUUUGGGGAGUCUAUAAACCAUUUCAGGGGUGCAAGCUUGGUUUUCUCUCCCUGCGUGUUCUCAGCCUCUCUUCUGCACAAAUUAAUGUGGUGAAGAGUUUGCUCAUGCUGGCAUAGGGCGAUAUAUUGCUUUAGCACAUCUGAAACCUUUGGGGUUGAUUAGAAGCUUUUUUUUUUUUUUUGUUUUUGUUUUUGUUUUCGUUUUUGUUGUUUUUUGUUUUGUUCUCUGUCAUACUCAGAGGCUCCGCCUCGCCCAGAUCCUCUCUUCUGCCACGAGGCUCUUCAGGGAUCGUCGUGGCCACGGGUCUGGCCAGCCUCUGGCUUCUGGGAGAUAACGAAGUCUUGUGGGUUUUGAUCUUUUGAUCGUUUUGAGGAUGCCUGGGGGUGGGGAGUUCUGGAGUCCCUGGGUUGGGACUCCAUGUGGGUUACCUACCUCUCGGUUUCACCCAAAGUCCUGCCUUGAACACCAGCAAGUUUCAUUCUGUUGUGAUAAUUGGGCAUUAAAUAACGAACGGCAGCUCCAGAAA